GCCCGCCUUCCACUUGGUGCGCUCCAAGAUGGCGGCUCCCAUGGUGCGGUGUGGGAUGCUCCUGGCUCGGCGACCAGCCGCGUCUCGCCUUUGCCUCGCAGGUAGAAGAUGCCUGCUUUCUGCAGCGUACGUGGACAGCCACCAGUGGGAAGCAAGAGAGAAGGAGCAAUACCAUCUGGCUGAUCUUGCAUCCUUAAUGGACAAAGCGUAUGAAAGAAAAUUGCCUGUUAGUUCUUUAUCAAUAUCACGGUUUGUGGACAACAUUGCAUCCCGAGAAGAUCUAGAUUCUGCAGAGUACUAUCUUUACAAAUUUCGACACAGUCCCAACUGCUGGUACCUAAGAGACUGGACCAUCCACACCUGGAUUAGACAGUGUCUGAAAUACGGAGCACAAGACAAAGCCUUGUAUACUCUUGUUAAUAAGGUUCAGUAUGGAAUUUUUCCAGAUAACUUUACAUUCAACUUACUGAUGGAUUAUUUCAUAAAGAAAGAAAAUUAUAAAGAUGCUUUAUCCGUGGUUUUUGAGAUCAUGAUGCAAGAAGCCUUUGAAGUGCCGUCCACCCAGUUCCUCUCCCUCUAUGUUUUAUACCGUUGCCUAGCAGAGAAGACGGAGCUCACAUGGGAAGAAGAAAGAGACUUUGGGGCGUCCCUCUUGCUUUCUGGCCUGAAACAAAGGAACACAGUGGGCCUGAGUUCCCAGCUGUAUGGCUAUGCACUUCUUGGGAAGGUGGAACUGCAGCGUGGGGUGCGGGCUGUAUACCACGGCAUGCCUCUGAUGUGGACACCAGGCUACCUUGACAGAGCCCUCCAAGUGAUGGAGAGGGUGGCCUCCUCCCCUGAAGACCUCAAGCUGGGUAGAGAAGUGCUCGAUGUGCUGGAUGGAGUCCUGAAGGUGGUGACCUCUCCAGACGGCCAGGCUUCAGAGGCACAGCCCCAGGAAGGUGAAGAUGGCUUGGGCUCAGCAAACCUGGUGGAGCAGCUAGACACUGAGGAACCAGAACAGUCCAAGCUUCCCCGAUACCUCGAGCGCUUUCAGGCCUGUCGGUCUAAACUGCAGGAGCUGAACAGAGUUGAGUCUGAAAGUCUUUUGACUCUGACUACCCAGCUUGUAAAAGAAAAACUCCCCGCCUGUGAGACCGAGGACCUGGCCACUUACGAGCAGAAACUCCGUGAGUGGCACCUGGAGCGGAUGCAGUUGAUCCAGAGGGAACAGGAACAGAGGGAGAAGGCCAAGCAAGAGUACCAGGCGCUGAGUGCAGCAGAGAAUGCAGCCUAAAGUUCUUCGGGCCACCUCAGUGUUCAGCCAGGACAGCAUGGAGCUCUGCCUCUACUGUCCAGUUCUUCUUUUCUUACAGGAAGCUGUGCAUAGCCUGAAAACCAGGAUGUGCUCUAUGCCAAGACACUGUCUGCCCACCUAGAUGUCAAGGGCCCUGAACUAAGUGACAAACAGUUGGGCUGGAGCCCCCACACAGUGGAGUCCUGGGUGCAGACUGGGAAUAUUGGGUGAGCAUGACGGGAAGCUCUAGCUGAAGAAUCGACUCUGAUUCUGCGCGGGUGUUUGAAUGAUUUCCUGCCCUUGCCCAUGUGUAUGGAGCAACGAGCUUCAUGGCCUGGUGCUGGUAAACUGAGAACCACCCACGUUCCAGAACCAGGUGCUUGCUCCUUUUGCCCACUUCCAGUGACUAACCACAGUGGCCACAACAUGACCAGCUGUCAAUGUGACACAUUUCCACUGUUAACACUGGUCUCAUAUUCUCCCUGUGCAUAUGCGCCAUAUACAGCUGGCACCUUCAUGGUCUGCCCCCUUCCCAUCACUGCUCAGAAGCAGCCUUUUGUAUACCUGCCUCCCCAAUAAAUCUUACACAUGUGG